AAGUUCCUAGAGCCAGACCCACUGGUGCCUACUGAGCCACCACCUUCCUGUGCCUUGGUGCCAGGCCUCUUCCCCCAGCAGCCAUGAACCAGGCCUUCUGGAAAACCUAUAAGUCCAAAGUGCUACAGACCCUGAGUGGGGAAUCUGAGGAGGAACUGGCAGAGGAGAGAGAGAACCCAGCAUUAGUGGACUCCGAGAAGGCAGAACCAACAGAGGAGAACUUCAGUCCCAUGUCACAGUUGGCCCGCCGGGUUCAAGGGGUCGGGGUGAAAAGUUGGCUGACAAUGUCAUCUCUGUUUAACAAAGAAGACGAGGACAAGCUGCUACCACCAGAGCCCUGUGCUGACCAGUAUGUGUAUGUGUGUUUGGGGUGGUUCUGGAAGGGACCUGGUCUCUUUUCUGCCUUUUCCUUUCCUUCUGUUCUGUUUGUUUUUCCAACCACAAGGGGCUGGGGAGGGACAGCCAAGGGCUGCUUCCUCCAAGUGGGAUCUAAGUACCCCCUUGGCUUCCUCACCCACAAACUGGCCAAGAGGAAGGUGAAGUCUUUGCCCAAGGGUGACUACCCACUGGCGGCCAGUCACGCAUCUCAGGCUGCAGCGGCCGAGCCUCGCGGACCGGGAUUCUGGGACGCGUUCGCCAGCAGGUGGCAGCAGCCGCAGGCAGCGGCGGCGUCCAUCCUGCGCGCCUCGGAGCCCACUCGGGAGCCGGACCCGGAACUCGGGGAUGAGGCCGCAGAGGAAGCCGCCGAGCGCCCGGAGCCGCGGGAGGCCGACCCGGUGGCCGGCUUCAAGUGGGGCUUUCUUACCCACAAACUGGCCGAGAUGAGGGUGAAGUCUGCGCCCAAGAGUGACUAG